UGACUGGCCGCUUGGUGCCGCUGUUGUGAAACGCCCUGACAGAAGACAAACAAAAGCACUAACGUGGAGGAAAAACAGACACCGAACGCAAAAUCCAGAUGAGGCAGCGGGUGUUCACCGGGGUGGUCACACAGAUGCAGGAGCAUCAUGGGAUUGUGGAUCAGGAGGUUCAUUUCCCAGUGAGUGUUGUAGUGGGCCGUGUGCCUCUGGUGGGUGAGAAAGUGUUGGUGAAAGCGGUCCAGGACCCCCUGAAGCCCAUCAGCUGGACGGCACAGAAAGUUCAGACACUGAACGGACAGCCCUUCAAAUCUCCUCCUCCGCUGCUGCCCUCCAUGUCAUCGAAUCUGAAGCCUGGCAUUUUAGGGACCAAACCACAACCUCUGCUGAAAUCUCCCAAAAUACCACCGCUGAUUCCCAGCAUGCAGCCAAACCCUGGUAUGAUGCAGAUGUCCCAUCACCAGCAGAUGUCCUGGAGUGGUCCGUUUGACGGUUGGGCGGGAGGACGGAAGAGACACGCUGAGGUCAUGGGAGGACGUAGAGGUGGACGCUGGGAGGACGGCGGCGGAGGGCCGUGGGGAGGAGACGCCAUGCACCAAAAACGAAAAAGAUGGAGGCCUGCCUCAGAGGAGGAAGCGCCCAAAAAGAGCAGCUCCGUAUCCACACACAGCGCUCCUUUAUUCUCCAGUUUCUCCAGGGACACCCAGGCCUGUGAUUAUCUGGAGCUUCAGCGGCGGUACCCAAACCUCCACCUGUCCUCCAACCUCUUCCACCUCCAGCUGUCCUGGAGCCAGAGUUUCCCGCUCGAGCAUCCUCUUCCUCUGAGAGGACCGUGUCACUUUCACGUGGGAUCAAACCAGCCGGAGAGAGAAGCAGAUGUUUGCGAGUCCACAGAUGAUGCUUUCUCUGUUAGGGUUCUGCUGUUUUCUGUGCCGGGUCUUGAGGACUUGUACUCACAGUGUUGUAACCUCUCAAAGGAGGCCGUACAUCCCACUGCACUUCUCAAAUUUGUGAUGGUGGACAGUGGAGGUGAACUGCGGCUUCCGGGGGGUCACUGGUCACCUAAAGCGGACGGAGCGCAUCCAGCGAAGGACAGUUCGACGCUGGUCAACACUGCGGUCCGCUGCAUAAAGGAUCAAACCGCUCUGGACCUGUCAGCCUGCACACAGUGGCACAAGAUGGCAGAGCUGAGAUAUCUUUUCGGAGAUAAAAUAGAGACCGUUGUGGUGCUGUUACCAGAUGUGUGGAAUCUAGUUCCAACAGAAGAAGACUGGGCAAAAUUACGACAAAAAACGCUGGAUGGUGAUUUGUCACUUCCAGAAGCUCCGUCCGUGGUUUUUCACCCCUCGGCUGGACUCAAUCUGUCUGUCGUGUCUCUGUCUUCACUGCUGGAGCCCCAGACGCCUCAGACACGGGACAGCUGUGAGGUGAGUUUGAUGGCGGAGAUGUUCAGCGAGAUGCUCCAGAGGGAUUUUGGGCUUCAGCUGUAUCAGUGUCUGUGCCGUCUGCCUCAGGACCCCAGUGUCCCGCUGACCGGCGUCAAAGAGGACAGCAGCGCACCCAUGGAGGAUGAGCCCAAAAAAUCUGACAAACAGAUGGGAAAAAAGAAAGGAUUGAUCGAUGCGAAGAAGAGGAAACCCAAAGAGAAGGAUGAGGAGAGAGAGACGGAAUACAAGGCACACGUGGACGAAACUGAAAAACAAUCUGAGCAUCUAAAAGAGAGUAAAAGUCAAAGUUUAGGAGGAGACGGGCAGAGCAGCAGCGCCUCAGACACUCAGCCGUCAAAAGAUAGCGAACGUCCUCUGGGCUGGACGGCUCAACUUCCUCGUAAAGUGCUUCUGUCCUGGGUGUUCUUUGACCGUCAGCUGACAGGAAGUCUUCGAGAGCAAGACCUGAUCAACAUCCUGCUGUCUCUCGGCCUGUUUCUCAGUCCUGCUCAGGCGCAGGAUCUGGUCAGGAAGGCUGCGGUCGGUGGGCUUUGCCUCUACAGAAAUCUGUGCAGUCGCUGGUCAGACGCUGAUCAGACAGACAGCAGCGCCAGUGCUGAGGGAAAUAAAGCCAUGUUGCCCGGCCAGUCAUGCAAAGAGGGAGCAUCUGCACAUCGCACCGCUAACACAGAUCUGGUGAACUACAGAGGGAAUGUCAUUAACUUACCAAACCUACUGCAGACGCUGGAGAGCAGCAAAGCGGCCCAACGGGAACUAGAGAAGUGUGUCAGCGCACUACAAGCCAGACUCGAGGCAGCAGAAGCGAGGAAGGCGUCUAAUGAAUCAGAGCAGGGCCAUCAGAACGAGCUGAAGAGGAAACUGGAGAAAUCCGAGACACUUAACAAAACAUACGAGAAGACUCUGAGAGAAAACAGCAGCCAGAUGAUCUCUGUCAUUGAGAAGAUGCAGAAGAUGGUCGAACAGACAUCAGCCCUCACAAAUGCAGGGAAGGAUGAGAAGGCGUAGAGACACAGACGCUCUUCAGAUGGUGAUGCAACAGCGUUUGGACCGAGGAGAGUAAAAGAAACCUGCAAAAGAAAACAUUUUUGUUAGCUUUUAAAAAUGUUCUUUUUUUUGGCCGGCUGAAUAAAUGUUUUCAUGCACAUAGAUAUGAAAAGAACUGCAUUUGUGGACAUUUGUAAAUGUUUUUAUUGAUAAAUAGGUUUUGCUGGCUUAUUUUAGAAUGCAUAAGCAUUCAUAUGAAACUAUGUAAUGUGCUUAAUAUGGUAAGGAAACGUUGUGCUUUAUUUAUUUAGUUUUAUUGAAUUUGAUUUGGUUAUUCAAUUCUGGCAGCUAGAAAAAGUGAUCCUUCCACACAACUGACAAUUUCAUAAACAGAGAUGCAGAUCUGCAAACCUGUUCAUAGCCCGGUAUAAUGAAACUCUAAUUCUUUUUUAAUGUGAAUUUGAAACAGAGUGUUUUAAUUAAAAGACAGGUGUCUGGUCAGGUUUCAAAGGUUGGAAAUAAGCAUGAAACCGGUUUUGUUUUUCUCUUUUUGACGAAUUGGAUUUGAUUGAAUUUCUGUUUUGCUCUUGUGUACUAAAGCAUUUCCUUACUGUUAGCAACCGUCCACCGCCAUAAAUACUCUUACGUGUUGGUACGAGGAUAGUCUAGUGUUUAGUCUAGACUAAAGUAUAGUGAACGUUCAGUUAUUUUGGAAAUACUGGCUGAAUUCUCCCUUUCAAUUGCAAACAGUAAGAUAACGACUUAUCAAAAAUGUUUUUGUCUUUUUCUCAGGGACCAUUAAUAUUUUCUAAUAGCCUGUUUCUGAACCAUUGCAUGUUUAACCGUCUUCCAAAAGAAUUAAGUGACUGAGUAAAGUAGAAAACAUUUCUCAUGCAAUAUAGUUUUUCUUUUCUUUUGGUCAGUUUUUUUUUUUAAUCCACAAAACUACAUUUUGUUCAGAGAUUUGGCCAGUGAAUCUCCAAUCAUGUAUGAAAAUGUAUUUGGCAUUCGUUUUCUGAGGAGCAGCCCCAACAGAAAUAAAACAGCUCAAAAAAUA